CCCGGUUCUCCCCGCGGGGCAGAGGCAGGACCGGGAGGGGCCACCCACGUGCUGCCGCCCCGCUUGGCCCCGCCGGGGCUGGAGACGGAUCCGUCCCGGCGCCCCGGGCCCGGCCCAUCCAGUGUCGGCUCCUCCCAGCGCGGCCGCGCCUCCCCCGGCAGAGACAGAGGCAGGUCCCCUGGCAACCCGCGCCGCCGGCAGGCGGGGAAUUAAAUUUUAAUUCCCGAGGGCGCCCGGCGAGCCAGGGCAGGACGCGAACCGGGGGCGAGCUGCGAGCUCUGCUCCGAGCCGAGACGCGGGCGAUUGGCCGCUUCCCCGCCCCGCCGUGUGGCUCCGGCUUUGGGUCCCGGGGGAUGCGGGGCCGCCGGCGCUAGUGCCGCUCUCCAGCCCCGGCGCACUCGGCUCAGGUGCCUUGAAAGGUCCCCGCCUCGCCCGAGCUCGGAGCCGGCCCCGGAGAACCUGCUCCCCGGGCCAUGGAGAAGUAUGAAAAAAUUGGCAAGAUCGGAGAAGGCUCCUACGGGGUGGUGUUCAAAUGCCGGAACCGAGACACCGGCCAGAUCGUGGCUAUUAAGAAGUUCCUAGAAUCGGAAGAUGAUCCGGUUAUAAAGAAAAUCGCCCUGCGAGAGAUCCGGAUGUUAAAGCAACUGAAGCACCCCAACCUGGUCAACCUGCUGGAAGUCUUCAGGAGGAAACGGAAGCUCCACUUGGUCUUUGAAUACUGUGACCACACGGUUCUCCAUGAGCUGGACAAGUACCCGCGGGGGGUCCCAGAGCAUCUCGUGAAGAGCAUAACUUGGCAGACCCUCCAAGCUGUAAACUUUUGCCAUAAACACAAUUGCAUACAUCGGGAUGUGAAGCCAGAAAACAUCCUAAUAACGAAGCAUGUGGUCAUUAAACUUUGUGACUUUGGAUUUGCUCGCAUACUAACUGGCCCUAGUGAUUAUUACACAGACUAUGUGGCUACCAGAUGGUACCGUUCUCCUGAGUUACUUGUAGGAGAUACUCAAUAUGGCCCUCCUGUGGAUGUCUGGGCAAUAGGCUGCGUCUUUGCAGAGUUGUUGUCAGGUGUCCCCUUGUGGCCUGGAAAAUCAGAUGUGGACCAGCUGUACCUAAUCAGGAGAACCUUGGGGGACCUUAUUCCCAGGCAUCAGCAAGUUUUCAGCACUAAUCAGUUCUUCAGUGGGGUGCGAAUUCCAGAUCCAGAGAACAAGGAGCCACUAGAAUUGAAAUUCCCUAACAUUUCAUAUCCUGCGCUAGGACUAAUGAAGGGCUGCCUUCAUAUGGACCCUGCUGAGAGGCUCACAUGUGAACAGUUACUGCAACAUCCAUACUUUGACAGCAUGAGAGAAGCAGGAGAUUUGGGAAGGGAGCAUGAAAAAGCCACUCGGAAACCAACCCGGACCACUCGAAAGCACAUGCCAGGGUUACAGUACCUGCCUCAGUUAACCAGCAGUAACAUUUUACCAGCUUUGGAUAACAAGAAGUACUAUGGCAACACAAGAAAAUUAAACUACCAUUUCCCCAACAUCUAACAAGAUGGCAAGUCACUACUAAGAGAGAGCUAUUUAUUGUUCCGAGUGCAAGCCUUCAACAAUUUCUAAAAGGAACACUUAAGGUGAAGUUACAAUAGACACAUAAGUGAUCUCUGAAGUUAGUUUGUGGUGGGUCACCAAUGGAAGGAAACCUCUGCAUAGAGCUCAGAGCUGCAUGCUAAUCAGUAUUCUAUGUAUAAAGGAGAACACAAGUGUUUUGUUUUUGUUUGUUUUUGUUUAGUGAUUAUAUUGUGGUUCAGCGUUACCAAGACCCACUGCUUACAGCAUGGGACUUUAAUAAACCACAGUGAGUGCCUGUAUUCAAGACUUGGCAGUUAAGUCACAAGCAUGCCAAAUAAGUUUGUUUUAGAAAGUCCCAUUGUGUCAAAGCAUUAAAAA